AUGGCACCCAGAGAUAAAUACUCCGACCCAAAGCUCCGCGAUGAAGUCAAAGAGGAAAUCCAUAAAGGUGACAAGGGCGGUAAGCCCGGUCAAUGGUCUGCACGCAAGGCACAAAUGAUGGCGUCUGAAUAUAAAAAGCGCGGGGGUGGUUACAACACCACCAAAGAAGAAGGCCAAGACGAGUCUCAGAAACAUCUCGACCAGUGGACAAAGGAAGACUGGCAGACUAAAGAGGGUUCCGGGACUGCGCGCAAGAGUGAUGGUUCUGAGAAGCGUUAUCUGCCCAAGAAAGCGUGGGAGCAGAUGAACGAUGACGAGAAGGAGAAGUCUGAAGAGAAAAAGAUUAAAGGAUCGGAAAAAGGGAAGCAGUUUGUUGGAAAUACUCCUCAAGCGAAAAAGGCACGGAAGGACGCCAGUCGUGAGACUGGAGGUAGAGACGCGCGAAAUACCCGCAAUACGCGAAGCAAGAAGGGUUCACAGAAGCAAGGUGAAAAGGGCCAUGGCUUCGGUUCCGAUGACUUUGCUGAUGAGCUCAUAGAUGGUGACGACGACAAGGAGACAGGCCAGCAAGUGGCUGGGACUAAACGUCAUGCGAAACAGUCCAAUGCGUCCGUGAAGAAGCGGAAGGAUGAUCGCCAGGAGCCCGCCGAAGAGAAUGGCGACGGUGACGAGGAGUAG